UCACGUGUCCAGCGGGAGCCGGAAGUGAGCAGUCCGGUCCAAGAUGGCGUACCAGACGCUGCAGCAGGAGUUCCUGCAGAUCCCGGCCGUGACCCGCGCCUACACCACGGCCUGCGUGCUCACCACGGCCGCGGUGCAACUGGAAAUCAUCACUCCCUUUCAGCUUUACUUUAAUCCAGAUCUGAUCCUGAAGAAUUACCAGGUUUGGAGAGUAAUUACCAACUUCCUGUUCUUCGGCCCCGUCGGCUUCAACUUCCUGUUCAACAUGAUCUUUCUAUACAGAUACUGCCGGAUGUUGGAGGAAGGAUCGUUCCGGGGACGAACGGCCGACUUCGUCUUUAUGUUCCUGUUCGGAGGGCUGCUGAUGACUAUAUUCGGGACGUUUGUGAGCCUGGUGUUCCUCGGACAGGCGUUCACCAUCAUGCUCGUUUACGUCUGGAGUCGCAGGAACCCGAAUGUUCGCAUGAAUUUCUUCGGUUUGCUGAAUUUCCAGGCUCCGUUUUUACCAUGGGUGUUGAUGGGAUUCUCCCUCCUGCUGGGAAACUCCAUCAUCGUGGACCUGCUAGGAAUUGCCGUCGGCCACGUCUACUUCUUCCUGGAGGACGUUUUUCCGAACCAGCCGGGAGGAGGUCGUUGGCUCAAAACCCCGUCCAUCAUAAAGAUGCUGUUCGACGCCCCGGAGGAAGACGCUAACUACAACCCGCUACCGGAGGAACGGCCCGGCGGCUUCGCCUGGGGGGAAGGCCAGCGGCUCGGGGGCUAAUAGCGCCGCCGCCGCGGGGGCUAAUAGCGCCGCCGCCGCGGGGGCUAACGAGCUAACCCUAGCUAACUUUUCAAAGACCUUCUUCUCCGAGAGACGGAGGAAACAAACACGGCCUUUGUUCGUUUCAGUUCUGGACGAAGAAACGGAGUUUAAAGAUAAAAGUCGAUCGUAUUUGGGGCUUUAAUAAAACUCUUUCCGACGGCUAACGGCUAAAGGCUAACGGCUAACGGCUAAAGGUUCCAGAAGAAGAAACCAACGCUGGGACUUUAGACACAAACUCUGGACAGUUGAGUGUUUGGACUCGUGAUGUUUGUCUUCGUUUCAGAAAAAUAUUGACGUAUAAAAUUCUAUGAAAGAGGGAAAAUGUCGGCAUUUAAAUAGAAAACAUUUAUUCAGAUGGUGAGUGCUUUUUUAUUUCACUUUAAGUGUUGCAAAUGUAGAUUUGGCUUCAUUCUUUCUUUCUGCUUCUUGAUGGAAUCGCUCAAAAAACCAAAUACAUCUUAUUACGUUAAAUUUGUACAAAAACAACCUUAUUCAAAAAUCUGCUGUUUCAUUCUCCAAUUUUCCCAAGAAAGUAAAUGUUUCCAUUUUAAUAAUU